AUGACUAACUUUGUUACACCUAUUAUGUUUAAUAUUGGCGUCCGAUUCGGCGACUUGUGUGCACUGGCGCUGUUCGCAGUGUUAUUGCUUUUUACAAUCUAUACUGGAUGCGAGUCCUUUAUCUUCAGUCGAAGGAGGAACAGCGUCAAUCACCUGGCUGAAAUGAGAGAGUCUUACAAGAAGGAAAUCGAGAACGUCAGAGCUCACCAGAAGGAUAAAAUUGACGUUCUCGAAUACGAAAACGACCGAUUAAAGAAAGUGAUCCUGGCUCAGAAUGAAGCGAUGAAUCAACGCAACAGCGAGAUCGAGUCGCUGAUUCAUCUCGUCAAAGGAAUACCAUUAUUACCAACCAAUGGCGCGGAUGCAGGAGACCAAAAGGCGAACGCCAUUCGGGAGGAAGGAGACAGUCCGAAGAAAUGUGAUGCUGGACUCGAGCGUCUCCGUGACUUGAUUCUCGAGAUGAGCUACGAGAUGGAGGGACUCCGAAUGGAUCUGCAGAGAGUCAAUGACGAUUUCAACGAAACGUUGGAUUUCGCGAUUACGAGUGCGUACCAGAUUGAUGAAAAGGUGGAGGAAAUGAGCGAGAUGAUUGGAGAACUUUCCCGGCGAGAGAAGUCGAUUGAAGAGAUGGCCAAGGAAAUCCAAAGGAAGGAUGAGAGACACCAAGACAUGGAGACCCGGCUCGCGACGGCUAAUGAGAAGAUAGUUUUGUUGCAACGCGAGCUCUUGAAUGAACAAAAUAAAACGGAGCUGUUGGAAAUUGGGGUAACAGAGAAGGAUAACAGGAUCGAAUCUCUGAUAUGCGAGGUGCACAGGCUUGUGGAAGGAGAGGCACAGACUUCAGGGGAAGUGAAAGGAUUGCGAGGGGAAAUGGCUUCUGCAAAUGCCAAGAUAGACAGACUUCAGGAGGACAACUGCCUGAAGGAGAAACGCCUCUCAGAGGCAGAAAGACGGCUGGAACACCUGGCUAAUAAGUUCGAGGAGAGGAGUGCAGCAGCAGCGGCAGAAGAGAAGGUGAAGGUGGAGGGACAGGAAGAGAGGCAUUCGCAACUGUGUGAAGAAAUAGAGAAUUUGAAACGACAAAUGUAUGAGGAGCUCAAUCAUCCAAAGAGAUGCAUGAAAGAGGCCUCUGAGGAAAAGCUAGGAAUCAGUGCCAUGCUCCACCAAAGUCUCCUCAGAACGGAAUUCGUAAUCGAGUUAGGAAGACUCAAGGAACAACUGAGCGAGGGAAAGGAUAGACGAAUUCAAUUCACAGAGAAGCUGUACCUUAGGACGAAGUCGAAAACCCCAGGACACGUAGAAACGCUGGUGAACGAAGACCUGAGACAUCUGACGAGCUCUGAAGAAAUAGAUGGUUUAAGUAGAACCAUAGAAGGCCUCCAUGGCAAAGACUCAGUAGAGGUUCUAGGGUCAAAGGACUGGCAUAUGCAGAGUUUAAGUGAAGCGAUUGAUCACCUCGUGAAACUGCUGAGCCAAGAGGAAGAAAACAAAGACAGGGCAGCUGCGGUGGAAAUGGUUGCCGACCUACGAGAACAAAAGAGGCUCCUGGGCUUCACGAAGGAUGACAUGACUAUGAAAGCACAUAUUGAUACUCACAUUCAUGUCCUCAAUAGAGCGCGAGGAAAAGAUAUCCAAACCCAGAUGGAUAAGAUUCUCGAUUGUGAGUGUCAAUCAAAACCUGGCACUGAGGACAUCAAUAUUCUGGAGAACAACGUCCUACCAGGUACCCAAGAGGAAAACAAAGACAGGGCAGCUGCGGUGGAAAUGGUCGCCAACCUUCGAAAACAAAAGAGGCUCCUGGGUUUCACGAAGGAAGACAUGACUAUAAAAGCACAUAUUGAUACUCACAUCCAUGUCCUCAGUAGAGCGCGAGGAAAGGAUAUCCAUACCCAGAUGGAUAAGAUUCUCAAUUGUGUGUGUCAAUCAACACUUGGCACUGAGGACAUCAAUAUUCUGGAGAACAAUGUCCUACCAGCUACCCAGGAUGAAGAAGUCCUCCUUGAUCCAAAAUACACAACAGAAGAGCUUAUUUCCUCUCAGGAGGAGGUUACACCUACCAAAGAAGAAACCUCCAGUAUUUCAAAGAUUAUAAUUUCAGAGGGAUUCGUGCUUGUUUCCACUACUCAGGCUGGCCCAGUUGUUCCAGAAGAGUCCUGUCCCACUCCUCAGGCCGCCCCAAUUGUUUCAGAAGACCUCUGUCUCACUCCCCAGGCUGCCCCAAUUGUUCUAGAAGAGCUACUCGUGAGGAAAGAAAGGGAUGCCUUCCAUGUAGAGGGAGCAGCUUUCAGGGGGGAUGAACAAGCACUCCAUAAUGACAGAGAGGCCCUUAAUAUGGAGAGGUUGGCCCAUAUUAAGGAGAAAGAAGCCUUUGCGGCAGAAAGAGAAGCCUUCUACAGACACAAAGAAGAAUUUGAUGAGGACAAGGAUGCCUUCCUAAGAGAGGUGGCAAAUUUCUACAGGGAAAAGGAAGAAUUAGAGCAGCUCACUACAAAAAUAGAAAAUGCGGCAAAAUUAUACAAAGAUAAACAGGAAACAUUAGACAGAAUAGAACGGGAACUCGUUCAGAAAACGAUAUGCUUCGAAGAAAUGAAAGCAGACUUUCUUCAAGAGAAAGUAGAAUUUCAAAACGAAAAAGAAGUUAUUUUAGAAAGAGAACAGGAAACCAUUCAAUGUAUAGAGAAGUUAGAAAACAUCAUGAGGGAAGUGCAGGGAGGGAAGCAUUUGAGUUGGAGUAUGACAAACAAGAGGGAAGUCCAGAUGCAAAAGAAGAUUGACGAACUUGAAAAGACCAUUCAACAAAAACACAAAUUAUUGAUGAAAAGUGAGAUAAUAAAAUGUGACCUUUUGCAGGUACUUUUCAAUACAGGCUUAGUUAACGAAAACACCGUACAACAAUUGUUGAAUGAUAUGAAAGAUCUAUUCCCAAUACAAUAA